CUUUCAGAAAUUUGUUGAGUAAGAGAGAGAAAGAGAGAAGAGGAGAGAGAAAGAAAGAAAACUAAAUAUCCAUACAGGCAUCACAUCUUCCUCUGCCUCCACCUCCACCUCCUCCAUUCCAGCUAAUUUUCUCGAGAAAAUUUUAUCGGACAAAUUGAAUCUCGAAAUAUCUAUUUACAUACUUUGCUUUUAGCUACAAAUAUCAACGGAUUAAUAGUUUUCCUGAUUGCGGGGCCAGCUUUCUUAUUAGGUUUUCGGGGAAGAGCAACAUGAAUUUUGAUGAGUUUGCUGCUGGGAAUAUGUUUUUUUCCUCUGACGCUUAAUUUUCAGUCUCUUCCUUUUGCGCCUGACUAAAAUGUCAGGCCCGGAAGGACUGGGGACUCGUGAUGAAGUAAGAGAAAGGAGAUCAGAUUUUGAGAACUCUGAAGAUGAAAAACGGCAAUCUAAAAUUGGGGGUCUAAAAAAGAAGGCCAUAAAUGCAUCAAAUAAGUUCACUCAUUCUUUCAAGAAAAGAGGGAAAAGAAAAAUUGAUUACAGGGUUCCUUCAGUUUCCAUAGAGGAUGUACGUGAUGUAAAAGAGGAGAGUGCUGUCAAAGAAUUGCGGCAAAAUCUCCUUGACAGAAAUUUGUUGCCACCUAGACAUGAUGACUAUCAUACUUUGUUGAGAUUCUUGAAAGCUAGAGAUAAUAACAUCGAAAAAACGAUUCAGAUGUGGGAAGAAAUGCUUAACUGGAGGAAAGAGUAUGGAACGGACACUAUACUAGAGGACUUUGAGUUCAAAGAGUUGGAAGAAGUCUUGCAAUAUUACCCUCAAGGGUACCAUGGAGUUGAUAGGGAAGGAAGGCCCGUUUAUGUUGAGAGACUUGGAAAAGCUAACCCAAGUAAGCUUAUGCGCAUCACCACAAUAGAUCGGUACUUAAGAUACCAUGUCCAAGAGUUUGAGAGGGCUCUACAUGAGAAAUUUCCCGCAUGUUCAAUUGCAGCAAAGAGGCAUAUCAGUUCAACAACAACAAUUUUGGAUGUGCAAGGCCUGGGAGUUAAGAAUUUCACUAAGACAGCUGCAAGUCUGCUGGCUGCCAUGACAAAGAUUGACAGCAGUUACUAUCCUGAGACGCUACAUCAAAUGUUCAUUGUUAAUGCUGGUCCUGGUUUUAAGAAGGUGAUUUGGCCUGCUGCACAAAAGUUCCUUGAUGCAAAAACUAUUGCAAAAAUAAAGGUGCUGGAACCGAAAUCUUUGUGCAAACUACUCGAAACCAUUGAUUCAGGUCAAUUGCCUGAUUUCUUAGGUGGCUCAUGCCUGUGUGCUACUGAGGGAGGGUGCUUUAGGGCUAAUAUGGGUCCAUGGAAUGUUCCUGAAAUAAUAAAGCUUGUACAUAAUGAAGAAGCAACAUUUGGGAGGCACAUUACCAGAGUAACUAGUGGUAAACGGAAAAUUGACUCUUUUAUUCAGAUAGGUCCACUGAAGGGGAGGAGUGAUGCAUCAACAGCAGAAUCAGGAUCAGAUGUUGAUGAUUCUUGUUCUUCAACUAGACAAUGUAGCUUUACAUUUCCACAAUUGGCAUCAGUUAAUGAACAAGCAAGGACAUCAGAUGCAACUGCUUACUACAGUUGUGAUGAUCAUUUUUCUGGGGUUGAUGAAGCUAUUGACACAGAUCAAGGAUUUGGUCUUUGUCAGGACCAAUCCCUUAAGGUCAAUGAUAUGGUAAACUCUUCCAGUGGGGCAACACCAAAUUCAGAAGGUAAUGUGGCGAUUCAUUGGUUUGACACUGUUGAGGAAAUGAAUGAGAAGAGGAGUUUUUGGUGUAUGGCAAGAACACUGAUAUCUAUGAUGGUCAAACUGUUUGCAUUUAUCCAUUGGCUACCUUCUGGAAUUUGGAGAAGACAGAACACCAUUCAUCCAUCUAAUGUAGUCGAACACAGACCAGACAGCCGUUCGGCCCAUUCACCAGCUGCUGAAGCUGUCAGCAGCGAAGAUCGGGUCAUUCCUUGUGUACAACGUUUGCAGAGACUUGAAAAGUUGUUUGAAGAACUCAAAAAGAAGCCUGCUGAAAUUCCUUUGGAGAAGGAGCAAAUGCUUCAGCAAUCUUUGGAUAGGAUCAAGUCUGUUGAGUACGACCUUGAGAAGACAAAAAGAGUACUCCAUGCUACAGUGGUGAAGCAACUUGAGAUUACAGAAUUGUUGGAGGAACUAAAGGAUUCCAAAUUUCGUCAGCGAAGGUUUUUGUGUUAAAUUCUUGAAGAUCAACAGCGAAAUACACGUUCAGACUGGUAUAACAGGAGGCGUGCAGAAAAAGCAUGCCUUUCCGAGUUCAUGUCUGGUAAUGGCACUUGCAUGGGAGAACGGCAGGAUUUCUAUUUGCCUUUUACAGUGAGUACAUGACAUAGCCUACAGAUAUGUAUGGGUUGCUCCCCUUUACAGAUACGAGACACUGUAUAGGAAAAAAGAAGCUUAAUUCAAAGUUUUACAAUACCGUAUCUUUUGUUUCCUUUCCUUGUUGAAUUAGCUACUGCUUAGUUCCAGUCAACAAAAAAUAAGCCGAUUCUGUAAAUUAGACAUGUAAUUUCCACUGGAUGAUGGCAAGUGAAAUUGUUGAAAUGGACAUAGAGUUAUGCUUCGUCUUC